AGUCGCGUCCUCCGGAGAGCGGGCCCCACCUCCGUGUGACGGCCGCACCGGGAAUUGGCGGCGGCGCUGCAGCCAUUUCCGGUUUCGGGGAGGUGGGUGCGGUGCGGAGCGGGAGUCGGAGCUGCCGCCGCUGCUUACAGAGCCUUCCUUGCGCCUGGUGCUGCCCGUAAGAUGCGGCCGGAACCGGGAGGCUGCUGCUGCCGCCGCCCAGCGCGCGCGAACGGCUGCGUGGCGAACGGGGAAGUGCGGAACGGGUACGUGAGGAGCAGCGCCGCCGCCGCCGCCGCCGCUGCUGGUCAGAUCCAUCAUGUUACAGAAAAUGGAGGACUAUAUAAAAGACCAUUCAAUGAAGCUUUUGAAGAAACGCCCAUGCUGGUUGCCGUGCUCACAUAUGUGGGUUAUGGGGUGCUUACCCUCUUUGGAUAUCUUCGGGAUUUCCUGAGGCACUGGAGAAUUGAAAAGUGUCAUCAUGCAACAGAAAGAGAAGAACAAAAGGAUUUUGUGUCAUUGUAUCAGGAUUUUGAAAACUUCUAUACAAGGAACCUCUACAUGAGGAUAAGAGACAACUGGAAUCGACCAAUCUGCAGUGUGCCUGGAGCCAAGGUGGACAUCAUGGAGAGACAGUCUCAUGACUACAACUGGUCAUUCAAGUAUACAGGGAAUAUAAUUAAAGGUGUUAUAAAUAUGGGUUCCUACAACUAUCUUGGAUUUGCACGAAACACUGGAUCAUGUCAAGAAGCAGCUGCCAGGGUCCUAGAGGAGUAUGGCGUUGGAGUGUGCAGUACUCGGCAGGAAAUUGGAAACCUGGACAAGCAUGAAGAACUAGAGAAGCUUGUAGCAAGGUUUUUGGGAGUAGAAGCUGCUAUGACAUAUGGCAUGGGAUUUGCAACAAAUUCAAUGAAUAUUCCUGCUCUUGUUAGCAAAGGUUGCUUAAUUCUGAGCGAUGAGCUAAACCACGCAUCGCUGGUUCUAGGAGCCAGACUGUCGGGGGCAACCAUUCGAAUCUUCAAGCACAACAAUAUGCAAAGCCUAGAGAAGCUAUUAAAAGAUGCCAUUGUUUAUGGUCAGCCUCGGACACGAAGGCCCUGGAAGAAAAUUCUAAUUCUUGUGGAAGGAAUAUAUAGCAUGGAGGGGUCUAUUGUUCGCCUUCCUGAAGUGAUUGCCCUCAAGAAGAAAUACAAGGCAUACUUGUAUCUGGAUGAGGCUCACAGCAUCGGCGCCCUGGGCCCUAAAGGUCGAGGUGUGGUAGACUACUUUGGCUUGAAUCCUGAGGAUGUGGAUGUCAUGAUGGGAACGUUCACAAAGAGCUUUGGUGCUUCUGGAGGAUACAUUGGAGGCAAGAAGGAGCUGAUUGACUAUUUGCGUACACAUUCUCACAGUGCAGUGUAUGCCACAUCUCUGUCACCCCCUGUGGUGGAGCAGAUCAUCACCUCUAUGAAGUGCAUCAUGGGGCAGGAUGGCACUAGCCUUGGCAAAGAAUGUGUGCAGCAGUUAGCCGAGAACACUAGGUAUUUCAGGAGACGACUGAAGGAGAUGGGCUUCAUCAUCUAUGGAAAUGAAGAUUCUCCAGUGGUGCCUUUGAUGCUCUACAUGCCAGCCAAAAUUGGCGCCUUUGGACGAGAGAUGCUAAAGCGAAACAUUGGUGUAGUUGUGGUAGGAUUUCCUGCUACCCCAAUUAUUGAGUCCAGAGCCAGGUUUUGCCUGUCAGCAGCUCAUACCAAAGAAAUACUUGAUACGGCUUUAAAGGAGAUAGAUGAAGUUGGGGACCUGCUACAGCUGAAGUAUUCCCGCCACCGGCUGGUGCCUCUACUGGACAGGCCCUUUGAUGAGACCACAUAUGAGGAGACAGAAGACUGAGCCUUUCUGGUGCUCCCUAGAAGAACUCUCUCACCAAGGACAGUGUGGCCUUUCUGAGCCAGUUCCAGGAACCACACUUCUGUGGCCAUCUCACAUGAAAGACAUUUCCUCAACUACUGAAGGUGGCCACCUCCGCUCUAAGUGGCAUUUUGUAAAUAGUAAAAACAAAAAACUGCUUCACAUCCUUUCUUUGCUAAAAACCACCUUUAAAAAAAAAAGUGAUUCACUUUGUCCAUUAAAAACAUGUUUUAUUUUAUAGCUCUUCUACUUGUGAAGUCAUGCUGGCUCUUGCCUGUCUGGCUAACCACCCAGGCUUUGCCCUCUCUAGCACUUUGCAGGCUUGGGUCCAGCAAGGCUUGCUGCUGGCCCUGGCUCUCCAGCCAAGAGACUCCCCCGGCCCUCCUCCCCCUGGGAGCAAGUGCCUUCCACAUUUUUCCCUCCAGGUCUUUGAGGCUGCCCACCUUGAAAUCCUUAUUUAACUGGUCAAGUAAUCAACCAAAGUCAUAACUUUAUUCAUAAGUUUAGCCUUUUAAGAAAAACAGUAAACGAUGAUAGUGCCAACUGUGUAACUGGUGGGGGGCUCCCAAGACCUUGAUCUUAUUCCAUUUUUUGUUCUGGUUACCAGAUGAUUUUUUUCUUUAUCUAAUAUUUCUUCAUAUGGUCACAGUCUGAGAGUGUGUCCAAAUUCUAAGUGCUUUUUCGUGCUUUCAAACUCUAACCCUGACAUCUCCCACCUCUUACUGAAAACACACAUCAUUUUGGAGGCCCAAUCCCUGCCUAGUCAGGCCUGUCUGAUGAAGGUGAUGGCCUCCUCCUCACUGAUCACCAUGUUGUGAAUGAGGCUGCUCCAUGGUGAAGGCUCUGCUGGCAGGUGGUGUGGCAAGAGUUGGUACCUCCAGGAUGGUUGUGGUUGGGUUUCUGCCUCCUUUCUACUUUUCAAAAUCAUGACAGCCUCUGACUGGGCCUGGGACCAGAUUAGGAUUUAAACUGAUAUAGGAAAAUGUUGGUCAAUCCUUGCUCAGAAAUCAUUUAUCAUGUUUCUAUUUCAGGAUUAAAGUUAUUAAUUUAACCCUUUUAGAAGCUGACCCACUUAAAAUUAUUCUUUUGAAUUCUAGUUCUUUUAUUUUUGAUGUCCUCAAACAAUUUUAACCUGGCUUAUGGAGCUAGAUUUUCCCUGUGCUUCCAUUGUAUAGAAUUUUCUUUUUUCUGAGAAAUUCUAAUAGGAAAUCAGAUCUAUUAUAUUUCUGAGAAAUUCUAAUAGGAAUCUGAUCUAUUUCCUAAACUGGAAUGUCCCCUAUUUUGACUGUUUUCAUACUGUAACCAGGUAAGGGAACUUCUUUCAGAAAGCUUUAUACUGCUUGACCAAAGAACAUACCUGAGAAUCACCAUUUUAAAGUUUUUAAUUUUUCUUCAACCAAAGCUCAAGUGAAGAGAACAUUUGGCUUUAUUGUACCCAAAAUCAGUUUGUCUUUUAGUAGCCAUCAAGUAUUAUAGGAGAAGGAUUGGGAACAGAAUGAAAAAAACAGUGGAUGAAAGUUGUUUUGCAGAUCUGAUUUUGAAAUUGCUCCUUUUAUUAGUAAAGAUUCCCAGUCCACAUCCUGUGUCUCCCCAUCAGCUGUGGCAUGUUGUGCAGAUGCACGUGGUGGAAGAUAUCAGCAACGUCGUUGUUUGUGCAGUUUUGUUUUCAUGUCCCAAGUGUAAGUUAUCUUUGGUCAUUCAGCGUCUGAGAGCUUUAAGCCCUUGCGAUAUUCCAAAGUUUUAUAUCACUUUUUUUAGAAAACAGACAAGGGUGAAUAAAAGAACUAAGGAGAGAUGCAGGGAAUAUAUUUAGCAUGUCCAAGUUAAAGUAAAAGAAAGACUACGGUGACUAAAAUAACUAGCCUGUAAAAUUAAGUACACUGCUAACCUUUGCUGCGCAUCUAAUUCCCCACUCUAGAAUUGGUCUGCAAUACCAGAUAGCUUUUGCAUUGCAGUUACUAAUUAAAGAUGUAGGUGUAGGGUUUGCAGAAGUCACAAACUUUAAUCAAUGAACUUAUCUGCUAGUCUUUUUUUUUAUUUUGGCUUGCACAAAGUUACUGCAAAUUAAAAUGUCAGUAUGGGCAUUUAAAAUUAUAAACACACAUGUCACUUUGUUGAUGAGAAGUUGUUUCAGGAUAAAUGUAAUUAAGAGUUUAUUUUGAAGAGACAAAAUUCCUGUGAUCUAUCCAGGAUCUUUGUACUUUGUAGAGGACAAAAUGUUAUAUGUAUAUUGCAUGUGGCUGGUUGUCUCUACUUAAUUGUAAUAUAAAUUUGGGGGGUCCAGUUAUAUCCUACAUAUCAUUAAUUAUCCAACUUCUUGGGGAAGUACAAGGGUAUAUAAAUACAGUCAUACUCAUUGAGAAUGAUCACAAAUCUGGGAUAAGCAAAUAUUGUUUAGUACAAUUUGACAUGGCCUGAUGCAAGAAUCUGGUGGGAUUGAAACUGGCCAUGGUAGCACAUGCCUAUAAUCCAAGCUACUUGGGAGGCUGAGGUGUAAGGAUUCCAAGUUUAAGAUCAGCGCGGACAAUUAGCAAGACCCUCUCAAAAAAAAAAAAUUAAGGGGCUGGGGGUCUGUCUCAGUGGUAAAUGCCCCUGGAUUCAAACUCUAAUACCACACACACACAGAGAAAAAAAAAAAAAAACAUAUUGUACUUCAAAUAGGUUGCAGUUAACCAUUCCUACCAAAACUGGUGAUGUGAGUCAGUUGAUAGAGGUUGGACUAAUACUUUUUCUUGCCCUUCUUUGUUGCAUUGACUUUAUUCAUUUCAGGUGUAGAGUUAUUCAUAUGAUCAUAUCAGAAACCAGGAAGUGUACAGCUAGGAGACACAAAAUCACAUACACAUAAUGGCCUAAGUAGCAGUUUCUCCUAACUCUUUUUUUUUUUUAACCCAAGGGCAUUCAACCACUGAGCCACACCCCUAUUCCUUUUUACUGUUUAUUUUGAUUCAGGGUCUCACUAAGUUGGUUAGGAUCUCACUAAUUUGCUGAGGCUGGCUUUAAACUUGUGACACUCCCACCUGUGCCUCCCCAAGUGACUGGGAUUAUAGGUGUGCUCUACUGUGUCCAGCUCUCCCAUCUUUAUUUUAAAAGCUUUAUCCUAGCAGGUGACAAGGAAUUUGAAGCACUUUUUUUUUUCUUUUGAGCACUUUAAAAUCUUUUUUUUUUUUUUUUUGCUUUAGAUUAAAAAAGAAAAUCCCUUUUAAAAACAGAUUCUAGUCCUCAGAACUCCUCAAUACUGCUUGUUUGAAGAAUCCAGCCACUUAGUCACUAUCUUAAACUCAUUGGGGGAAGAUUUCAAACAGUGAAAAUCAGCGUCUUCCUCAAGUAGACACAGAAGGUGGACAGGAACCUCUUACACGGCUUGCCCCACUCCCAUUCAGAGGCCAAGGAAUGGAACAUUUUCCUACUGAGUUGUCUCUAUAAUCCUUCUCUUCAUUUGGCCUGCCUUUCUUUCUAUAUCUUCCAGUUCUUGAUUUCUUUUUAUUUCUUUUUUUUUUUUAAACAAUUCUAGCUCCAGAGAAACUGAUAUAUAUGGUGGUGCUGGGCUUGGGCUCAAUAGCUCAGACACCCUGGUCCUCCUUGUACACUCAGCCUUAUGUUUCAAGAGGAGGCAGGGGACUAUUCCAUCCCUCCUUAAUUAAGGGGUCCUGUAUCUAAGUUUCUCACAGCUGAUGUGGUCCAGCUGAACUGUCAGUGUGUGAUACCCUUUGCUUCCCACCUAUUAGUGAAAACCAGGCAGAGUAGCUUACUUGGAGAGAUUUCUGACUUCACAGGGGAAAGGGGAAAUGAUGAUCUACCACGACCUCCCUGUUCUCUCUUUUCUAAAUCAGGGAGGAUUUCUGGUCCCCCCAAAUACUGGAUUGGAACAGUGUAGAAUUGCUGGUCACAGCAUGGCAGCAGAGAGAGACCCUGGCUAAUUCUUAUUUUGUAAAGAAUUGCAGUCUUGUGCCAAACCCACCUAAAAAUGGCUAAAUGCAAUUGUUCUCUUGUAUGGGAAAUUGUUAAGACCUGACUUUAGGGUCCCUUUUCUCUCCUGAUGUUCUAGAUAAGCCACAAUGGAUUUUAUUCUGUUUGCUUCAACUGUGUGGUUAGAACAAGAGGGACAGCAGUGUUUUUUUCUUUUCUCAGAGCCUGUACUCAACAGAGAUCAGAAAUUGGUGAGCAUUUCACACGGGUAUGGAGUCAACUUAGCCCAAAGGGGUUGUGGAAUGUGGUAAAAGUAGUAUGAAAAUCUAGGACUCUUCUUGGCUGCCUAGCUAAGAAUCUAUCUAUAGAUUUGUUUGUUUUUUCAGGGUGGGAGUGCUAAUCCGUUUAUUUUCCUGGCCCCAGAACCUGUAGGUGUGCUGCUACCUGCUUAACACAGAAGCUCAGUACGCAGCAGGCAUCUCAGUCCAUUCAGCCAGGUACCAAAGUACCUUCCAUGUGGAGAAAAGCGUGUCCCUUCCUCUCCUCCGCUUUGCUCACAUGAAAUGUGCGUCGGGCUCCGAGCCAGUUGCUGUGUGUCUAGCCAGAGAACUGACUUAGAGGGCUGGCUUCCGCCUCACACAGGAGAAACACUAGGGCUUGCCAGUGAUCCCCUGGCUUUACUUGUAUACAAAAUGCUGCUGUUCCUUUGUCAUUUCCAGUGACUUCUGUUUUCCAAGCAGCUUUUUGCUAUGGAGUCUUUUCUAGGGAAGGAAAAAAGGGGGACUAGUUUGCUUCCCUCGUUAAAAUGGUCAUUCUUGUCUUCCCUGCAGAGUCUGGAAAUAUCCCAUUCCCAGUCCACUCUGGUGCCAUGAGCUGUGGAUAGGUUUUGUUUACUGGGUAGCAUACAUGAUAAAUGGCCUUAAGCUGUUAUUCUUUCUGGUAUGAUGAGUUCUAUUAAACUGACCCUAAAGAAUUCAAUGGCUCCUACGCUGUGUUCUUAAUGAAGCAAUACCCAAAGCUCUGUUCUUCUGAGGCAGUGGUGAGGGGGUUGAAUGAAAGCUACAAACCAGGGCAGCACCCUGACAUCGUGCUUUCUCAGCGUCUGCUUUGUUGCCGUGGACGUGGUGAGUGGGUCCGUCCACAAGGAGACUUGAGCCAGCUCAAAGUUUGCUUUUUCCAACUCAGUUUCCAUGUUUCUUAUGCAAAACUUGGUUGCUUGGCCUAAAACUUCCUGGGAAGUAGGGGCCAUACCACUGACCAGGGUGGAGUGGCGGCUUGUCUUCAUUCGUAGUGUUGUUACUUUGGUUAGAAUCCUAAGAGCUUCCUUGCUGGCUCUUUACAGGACACUGGGAAUCGCCCUGUCAGUUCAGCCAACAGGCCCCCCCCCCCACCAUCUUGAUGAUCCCUUUCUGACAAAGGCAGCUAACAGUAAGGGAAGGAGGAAAGAGAAGAGGAAAUGCUGAUGGGAGGCCGAGAUCUUAUUCGUUGGUCCAUGUUUUUCCACUGACCAAGUUACUUGUAAACUGGAAUUCACAAGGUGUGCUGUGAUGACCCCUUUCCUUUGCUGUAAUGUUCAUAUAGUCUGGGAAAGGAAAAGAAGGGGAAGUGUAAAUAAAAUUUUUUUAAAUUUUAGUAAUGUGUUAAAAUGUCACUCUUCCAUACCCUGCCUUUUUGCCAGAUGAUGAUUUUUUAUUUUUAUUUUUUAUUGGAUGACUGUGAAGUUAUAAAUAAUGAGUUAGGGUGGUGUAUCAAUUUUGAGAGUGCAUGUUAAGAUCUAAAGGGGAACUAUUUGAGAUGACUUAAGAAUCAUCCCAUGCAAAUAUAUAUUGUUUUGCCCUAAUAAAAUGUUCAUAAAGAUA